AUGGGAAAUGCUCAGAGUUCCCGACUGGCGAAUGAGCUCCUCUCUGCCUGCGCCAAAUCGAGUAAUCACAUGGUUAUCGCUGGUCUCGAGGAACCCCAACUCCAAGAAGCCCUGAAGGCAUUCCUUCAAUCACUCGAGCUGGUCUGGGCUUCGCUUCCCGCAUCCUUGGCCAAUAUCAUUCGGUCUUGGUUCCCGCUGCGACUCGAGGUAGAGAAGGCGGUCACUGUUGAGGAUUGGGUACUGGCGAGGAUACACACAAUAUCUUCAGACCCUGCGACUCUGCUUUACAAUGAGCUUUCCCGGUUUCAGGGGUCUGGAGGCAAGUGUCUAGAUAGAGUGAAAAGAGACGUCAGCCUCGUUGCAUUCUCCCAAUUGCAGAAACAAUACCGGGAAAACCAUGGCACUACUCUCCCAAACUACCUUGGUCAACGCUUAAAAACAGACGUUAAAACAAUUCGACAGAACUGCAGCUAUUGGACGAGGAGAGGAAAGAUCCUUGAUACUAUCGCCACCGAAUUGGGUGGAUAUGGGGCCUUACUCCUCGACCUUCCGAUCAGACACGCGGGAUGGUACAAGAAGUCUCGAUGUUCUAUCGACCAAAUCACAGCGACAUGUAAUAAGCUGCGCUUGAAAAAGUUGCAUCGAUGCGAUGAGACCGAAAAAUAUUACGAUAUUGCUGAUCGCCUAUUUAAAACAUUCCAGCACGAAUAUAACGCCUGGAUAGCACUUCAAUUACCUGCAAAGUCCGAACUGAAAGAUCCGAAUGCUGACGGACCGCCGAAAUGGGAACAACCGCCAGAUCAGCCACAACAUCAGCCACAACCGUUGCACCCCCAGCCGCAAGUGCCGAGGUCACAACUGCCGCCGCAAUCGCCACAACUGCUGCCAGAGAUACUGCCACUCCAACCAACACAGCAUCAACACCAACGAUCGCUACAACAGCUGCCACAAGGUUCUCUACAGGGCGUGCCCCAAGUGCAGUGGCAGGAACAGAUAAUGCCACCACAACAACAUUUGUCACAAUAUCUGCCGCAACAACAGUCAUCACAGCUGCUGCAAGGCUUCUCUCCAGGUCAGCAGCAACAGCAGUCACUAAAUUUGCGACAAGAGUCUUCUUUAAUUCCUCUGCAAGGAUUUAGAAUAAUUCAUGAGCACCAGACAACUGGCCAAGCCUUGCCUAGUCCGCAACAACAGCAGAGACGCCAACAACACAACAGUGACCUGAUUGCAGGCGAGAAGCAUCCUCUUGCCGAUGCGCCUGUUCCACAACCUAAACGAAGGCAAGCCGACGCUCCACGUAUAACCAACCCAUCAAGCUGCACUGGUGAAAUGGAGUUGGGUUUCUUUGGUCCUUCUUUUCACCAAGUCGAUGGAUGUGUGCGAGGAAGAGUGGAUUGUCUCGCGAACAUAGGUGAUGCGCAAGCAGGCAAACCCGUUGUUAGAGACGAACGUAGCCAAACGGCGUCGCUGGUAAACAAUGGGUUGGAUAUGAUGGUCUUUGAUCCGUUCAACUCUACCGUCGUUUCCACGCAACAGUCAAGUUCGGCAGAGCAACUGGCUAUACAACAAUUCUCAUUGCAGCAAGCGCCACCACUGCCAAGCGCAAUCCCAUACCGUACUACUAUAUCCUCAUUCAACGAAGCGCAUGUGUCUGCGAACGAUUGUCCUGGCAUCCUAACUGUGGGUGCGGACGAAAUCUGGGAUGGCGUGUUUCAUGGACGCAUUUGA